GAGUAGCGCAGUGGGUGGGACGGCCGCUGGUCGGUCUCCUAGCGCGGCUGGCUCGGUGCUCUAGAGUUCCGCGCUUUCAGCGGAGUUGGGUGCGUCCGGCAGUUGAGCUGCACGCGGAGGGGCUGCCCUCACCUCCUUGCACCUCCGGUCCUGCUCCAGAGUCUCAGAUAUGGGCCUUCUUCAGUUCCUGGUGUCCUUCUUUGUCCUACUGUUGUCUGGCACAGAAGUCACAGGCACCCUAAAGAGCACCCUGGACCCGAGCCUCAAGAUUUACAAGAAGAUGUUUGAGGUGAAGCGGCGGGAGCAGUUGUUGGCACUGAAGAACUUGGCACAACUGAACGACAUCCACCAGCAGUACAAGAUCCUGGACGUCAUGCUUAAGGGACUCUUUAAGGUGCUGGAGGACUCCCGGACAGUGCUCACUGCUGCAGAUGUGCUCCCAGACGGGCCCUUCCCCCAGGAUGAGAAGCUGAAAGAUGCUUUCUCCCACGUGGUGGAGAACACGGCCUUCUUUGGUGAUGUGGUGCUGCGCUUCCCGAAGAUCGUGCACCACUACUUUGACCAUAAUUCCAACUGGAACCUCCUCAUCCGCUGGGGCAUCAGCUUCUGCAAUCAGACAGGCGUCUUUGACCAGGGGCCCCACUCACCCAUCCUCAACCUGAUGGCCCAGGAGCUGGGGAUCAGUGAGAAAGACUCUGACUUCCAGAACCCGUUUAAAAUAGACCGGACAGAGUUCAUUCCUAGCACUGACCCUUUCCAGAAGGCCUUGAGGGAAGAAGAAAAACGCCGGAAGAAGGAGGAGAAGCGGAAAGAGAUCCGAAAAGGCCCAAGAAUCUCAAGAUCUCAGUCUGAAUUGUAGCCCUGGAGCAGUUUGGGACCUAAGGGAUCAUCAAGAGGCCAGUCAGAAGAGGCGCAGCCGUGUGGCUGUGGUAUAGCAGCAUCAAGCACCAUGGUGAGCACCAGCCACUUCCGGAUGGGGACCCCAUGUUUGCUGAGUCCUCAGGAGCUGGGUCUGAGCCUUGGCCAAAAAGACUGAGCCUCUGGGAUCUUAGGGCACAUCAAGGGGGCCUUGAGAGGACACUGUUCUGUAGACAGGACCUUGCAGAGAAGCUGUUGGGGGAGGCUGGCUGGGGGACUCCUGGUCUGGAUCCUCUUGGUGAGAGUUGCAGGCCAGCCGCUGGCCUUUGUGAGGAAGCGGUAGAAUCUGGCUCUGAAUUACAGGUGAAGGUGUCAUGCUUGUAGCUGGCCUCACUGUAUUCCUGGGCUGCCUAUCACCAUUCCAGCUCUCUGCAGAGCAACACUAAAAGCCAGCAAAUUCACUGGCCUCACCAAGGCUGACGAGGAGCCUGUAAGGACACCAGGAGCUUCUAGCAUGGCAGGCCAAGCCUGGAGUAUGUUUCUGCCUCAUCAGGACGGAGCCCUAGGCCUUCGCAUUGCAGAGAAACAAGAACAAGAAACAAGAGGUUUAGGCCUCUCAUUUACUCACUGCUGCCCUUCAUAAGGGAUCAGUUUGGAGGGGACCCAGAAGUGUCCUGGGAGGGUGUUUAUUUCAAGGAGACCUUAAAAGAACAUGAUCUCUAUUCUCAGAUAACUGGGGACAGUCACUGAGCUGGUUCAGGGGACAAUCAACUUGUUCUCUCUACUGCUAAAGCUGGAGCCUGUGUGUGGAGAGAUGUUAUAGGGGACAGGUUACAGGAGGCUGGCUUGGUAACGGGACUACUGUAAACUGCGCUGACCAGACGGUGGGCUUCUCAGUUCAGGGUUCAAGCAGAGUCUCAUGACCACAGGGCAGGGAGCUGUGGAAGGAGUUAGGCCCUCAGAGGGCAGCCUGGUUUCUAUGAAUUCCAAAGCAGGUGGCUGCCUUGGCUCUAUUGAAAUUUCAGUGCUACCUCUUCGAUCUUGCCAAGCCAAAAUGUAUCCCUUAAAGGCAUGGAGACACCCACCAUUCCUACGUCAUCCCCAGCCAUACCCCUACCUUCAGGAACACUCUUCCUCUUACUGCUGACAGUGGUGGCGAGACCUGAGCCUUAGCCUGACUGACCUUGGCCUACUCUUUCUUCCCUGUGCUGUGCCUUCAUUGGUAAAAUAAAUUUGAUAAUGUCUGAAUCCUCUGCCAAGCUCUAACCUACAUCCUUGGAGGCUUACCUUUCUACUGGCCAGCAUAGCAAAGGGAAGCCAGGUGUUGGGGAGGCUUCUUGGAAGGUCCCAGAGUAGCCUGCAUCUCAACAGUCAUUCGGGAAAAGUAUGGGGAUGAGAAGUAGUCGGGAGGAGGGCUGGAGAAGUUUUCCCGUAGAAAUGCUUAUCUGAUGCAGAAGACAUACGCAGCUGGUCCAAGAGCCCUGGGCUGCAUUCCCAGCCUGUCCCUUUCCAGCUGUGUGACCUAGCCGAUUCCUGUGAGGUUUCUAUGAUAGGACAGCACUAGCGGCUGGGACUUCCUGGCCUAUGGAAAGGAUGAGAUCUACCCAUCAUCUGUUGAACCUGUGCUAGUGCUUGUGGGGCUCGGGGCCAGAGCCAGCCACGAGGGUCCUCCCUGUCCCUUCCUCUUUGAGAGAGGUUGUGGUUGGUGGCUUUGCAAGGAAAAUGCUUCUUCCCAUAACUUCUAAGGAACCAGGUCAGCUUGGCUGUGGACCUGUCUUUCUUUUCUGUGAUUUUGUUGUUGUUGUUGUUGUUUGGUUGGUUGGUUGUUUCUUUGAGACAGGGUCUCACUAUGUAGCUCAGACUGUCCUGGAACUCACUCUGCAGAUCAGGCUGACCUCAAACUCAGAGAUUAAUCCUGAGAUUAAAGGCAUGUGUCACCACACCUAGUGGUGGGUGGGUGGGUGGGUUUAGAAAACAAAAACACAAAACACUUGAGGGAGGGCACUUGCUUCUCAAGCUCACUCAGUGGCUGGGAUUCAUUUAUGUUACUGUAGCUCUACCAAUUGUAUGUUUAGGUAGUGGCCGUGGCCUAGGUAACUGUGUAUGUUUUCUAGUGGCCUGACCUGUGUGCUCAUGGUGGCAAUAAUGGCAGUGUGGUCUUAGAUGUUUCAGCCUUCUAAGUCCAGUCCAUGGCACUCCUGGAGACUCCGGGAGUCCCUUAAUUUUCCCUUAAGGCAGGGCAUUUCAACAGUGUGGCACUGUUCACAUUUUGGACUACUUUACUAUUGUGUAAGAAGGCUAUCCUGAGUGGUGUAGGAUAUUUAGCAGUAUCCCUGCUCCCCACCUGCUAGAUGCCAGUAGAGUCCCACAGUUAGGGCGACUAAAAAUGUCUCCAGCCAUUGCUAGAUGUCUCUCCUUCCCAACUCAGUUCUGUUUUCCUCGGCCCUCCCUAGUCAGUGUCCAGAUGGACGAGGGCUUUAGGGGAUGAUCCUUCUGGGUUAUUCUUGUUCCGAGCUCUGUCCUUGGUCAAAGUCUGCUCUGUCUCUAGUAGUGUCUUCCCUCAGCUUUUCUUUAAAGGAAUAGGUAUUUUGGCCUAGCUUCCCUUCCCUUGGCUUUUCUUCUUGGACAGUCAAAGCUUAAAUCUGCCCUGCUACCACCUGACAACCGUCAUUACCUGUGUUUCAGCUCAUUCUAGCCACACUCUUGAUCGAUCCAGCCAGAAAGCUUCUUAUUUAUUUAUACUUGGUUUUUCAAGACAGGGUUUCUCUGUGUAGCCCUAGCUGUCCUGGAACUCUCUCUGUAGACCAGGCUGACCUUGAACUCAGAGAUCUGCCUGCCUCUGCCUCCAGAAUGCCAGGAUUAAAGGCAUGCACCACCAUUGCCCGCUUAAAAAAAUAAAGAUCUUUCAAGGGAAAAAAAAAAGUCUACAAACCUAGUUCAAGGACAGCAUGUACUACAUAAAACCUGUCCCCACAGAAAAGGUGUGUGCCACCAACCUCUACUGGGACUUCAUUUGUGCUUCUUCAGGCCAGUUGACCAAGCAUACAUGGAAAGGACAGAACUUACGGGAAUUGGUUCUCUCCACUUCGUGAAUCCCAGGGAUUGAACUUGGGUUGUUGGGUUUGUUGGCAAGCACCUCUACCCACUGACCCAUCUUGCUGGUCCCAGGCCAGAGUCUUGAUAUCACAGGUCAGGCCCCUUGUUAGUCUCAUCACACCUUUUCCUUGGUCACUUGUACCAUUGUCUGUUACUUUUAUGUUCAGUGUUUUUGUCAUUCACAGACACACACACAGACACACACAAGUACUUAAUGUAAGGCCCUCAAGUGGCCAGGUCCUGUCCCCAGACUACUCUAAGGUCCCUAAGGGCAGUUUUUAGCCCCUCAAGAUGCAGGUGGCCAAGCUCUGCUCUACAAAAAAAAAAAAAAAAAAGAGGAGGAGGAGAAGAAGAAGAAGGAAGAAGAAGAAGCCGCCCAAGAUCAGCCACAGAAACUCACCAAUCCCUACUUGCUCCUAAGAUCAGGCCACAGAAUCUUGCCAGGAAACCUCCAUCCACACAUACCCGCAAGAAACCCUGUAUAAAGCCUGCCUCCUGCUCAGUUCUCUGCCGCUUCUCCCAGCCACACUCUUAUGUCUGUGCCUGUAAAUCUCUUGUGUGAGGUUUGUUACCUUUCCCCUCAGAGCUGCAACACUUGCAUUGGGAAAACCUUUCCCCCCAGGGCUGCAACACUUACACCUGGAAGGCAAGAGCUGUUUGCUUGCUACAGAAAUCAAAUAAAUGUGAAAAUUCC